AUGAUUUCCCAAUUCUAUGUGUUUGGUCAGAACAGAGAACUAGAAAAAUCAGGGUACGCUUUUGCCGUAUUACGGAAGGUUGAUACCAACUAUACAUAUCAAUUGAUCAUACAAUUCACGAUAGCUCUGCUCCAUUUAUUCUUCAUCAGUGCUGUUGAAUAUACCUUUGAAUUUGAAUCUCACUUCGCUACCGUAUGCCACGCCGACCCCAUACCAAGCUCCCUUUUGGAUGUAAUGUCUGCAAAAUUGGAGACCACCGAACACCUUCAGUCUUGUCGUGUAAUCGAUAUCAAGUAUACAUCAUACAUCUCGUUAGUGUCGUUCAUAUCGUUUAUGUCGUUUACAUCGUUUAUGUUGUUUAGCAUUUUACGUCGUGCUAUUGAUGCGAUUCUAGCCCUGCCUUGCAUGAGUAAGCGCGCCUCACCAUUCCUGUCAUAUUCUGCGGGCAUUGGCUCGGGAACUUCUUCGGCUUGCACGCCUGGGCCAAUGGAUACUACAUAA